CAACAACUUUUUUUUCUUCCCUCCCUUGAUCUCCCCUACUUCUCUCCCAGACCACGUUCGUCUUACGUCUUCGCUCUCUCUCUCCCAUCCUCUCCAACCCACUACUUUUCUAAUUCGCAUCACAAUGGCUGCUCCUAUGAGAAUUGGCGCCCUCGCCCUGCGGAAUUCUCUGUCCGCUUCGGCUUCCUUCAGCAUUAAAAGAGCUGGCUUUCGCUAUUACUCAACCGUUAAACCCAAGACUCUCAAAGAGACCUUCGCUGCGAAAAUCCCUGACGAGAUUGAGAAAAUCAAGAAACUGAAAAAGGAGCACGGUUCCAAGGUCCUUGGUGAGGUUACUCUUGACCAGGUCUAUGGUGGUGCUCGAGGUAUCAAGGCCCUUGUAUGGGAGGGAUCCGUCCUUGACGCCGAGGAGGGUAUUAGGUUUAGAGGGAAGACCAUCCCCGAAUGCCAGGCUAUCCUCCCUAAGGCGCCUGGUGGAGAGGAGCCACUCCCCGAGAGUAUCUUCUGGCUACUUUUAACUGGAGAGGUUCCCACUGAGCAGCAAGUUCGUGAACUCUCUGCCGAGUGGGCUGCCCGUUCUUCUAUCCCCAAGUUUGUCGAGGAGCUUAUCGACCGAUGUCCCAACACUCUCCACCCAAUGGCACAAUUCUCUCUUGCUGUGACUGCUCUUGAACACGAGUCCCAGUUCGCAAAGGCAUAUGCCAAGGGUCUUAACAAGAAGGAAUACUGGAAUUACACCUUUGAGGACUCCAUGGACUUGAUUGCCAAGCUUCCUACUAUCGCUGCUAAGAUCUACCGCAACAUCUUCAAAGACGGAAAGGUCGUUCCUAUCCAGAUGGACAAGGAUUACGGUUUUAACUUGGCCAACCAACUUGGCUUUGGAGACAACAAAGACUUUGUUGAUCUCAUGAGGCUGUACCUUGUUAUCCACUCCGAUCACGAAGGCGGUAACGUCUCUGCCCAUACUACCCACUUAGUUGGGUCAGCUCUUAGCUCUCCGUACCUGUCACUCGCAGCUGGUUUGAACGGUCUUGCCGGUCCUCUUCACGGAUUGGCAAACCAAGAAGUUCUUAACUGGCUCACCGAGAUGAAGAAGAAAGUUGGUGACGACCUUAGCGAUGAGUCCAUCAAGAACUACUUGUGGGACACCUUGAAUGCCGGUCGUGUCGUUCCCGGCUAUGGUCAUGCUGUCUUGAGGAAGACCGAUCCCCGCUACAUGUCACAGCGCGAGUUUGCUCUCAAGAAACUUCCCGAAGACCCCAUGUUCAAGUUGGUCAGCCAGGUCUACAACAUUGCUCCUGGUGUCCUCACUGAGCAUGGAAAGACCAAGAACCCAUACCCUAACGUUGACGCUCAUUCUGGCGUCUUGCUUCAAUACUACGGUCUUACUGAGGCCAGCUACUACACUGUUCUAUUUGGCGUUUCCCGUGCACUGGGUGUCCUUCCUCAACUCAUCAUUGACCGCGCUGUGGGAGCUCCUAUUGAGAGGCCCAAGUCCUUCAGCACCGAGAAGUACGCUCAGUUGGUCGGUGCCAAGAUUUAAUUGGCUCGAUUUAGAAUAGCUAUACAGGAGCAGAAAAACUAGUAUGAUUUGUUUCUUGUAUCGCAUUUAGAAAAAACUUUCUUCAAAGGACGUAAUCGUAGGUUUUAUAUUAUGAUGACUCACCUGUUUUUUAUGGGUUUGAAGAGGGUUUUCUUUUUUAUAUCUUUUUCUUUUCUUUUUCGGAAAAAUAGAAGUGUGGGCUUUUUUUUUUGUUUAUAUAUCGGUGGGCUGUUUGAAACAGGUGUAAUGAUCUCCUCUCAAAUUAAAAUAGUUACGAACUAAA